AUGCGUCGAGCUGCUGUUGUUGCUGCUGCGGUCGCGGCGCUGGGAGCGACUGUGAGCGCGGACACGUGCGCGAGCGUGGCGGCGACGUCGUCGAUUCAGAUUAAGAAGCAGCUUGAUAUUGGGUAUGCGACUGAGCAAGCAAACUACUGGAGCACGGCAUGUGGAGCCAUGAAACCAAGUUGCCAACUCCCCAACCAAGGCUUCGCGAGCAUCGAUGGUGGUCCUUUGAUCUCCACCCGGGAACUGAACGAGGUAAUAUACGACGCUGGAAACGGGGUUGUACGCGUCGGACCUGGCAAUGACUGGGAUGAUGUCAUCGGAGCGUUAGACGGUACCGGUGUCACGGUUGUUGGAGGACGCAUUGGCGAUGUCGGUGUUGGCGGGCUCGUACUCGGUGGCGGACUGAGCUUUUUGUCGACACAAUAUGGCUGGGUCGCCAAUAACGUUGUCGAAUAUGAGAUAGUGCUGGCAAAUGCAUCAAUCGUGACGGCGUCGGAGAGCCACAAUGCGGACCUGUGGAAAGCGUUGAAGGGCGGGAUCAACAACUACGGCAUUGUGACAGCCUAUACCUUCAAAGCGCAUCCACAGGGACAGAUCUGGGGCGGCAACAUUGCCUACACUGCGGACAAAUCUGCAGAGAUCUUAGCUGCGGUACGGGACUUUACAGAGUACUACCCUGAUGACAAGGCCGGUAUCAUCAUGACCGCCGAAUUGACGCAGUUUGGGGUGAUCGACAUCUGGUUGAUGUUCCUGUUCUACGACGGACCGACCCCUCCCGCCGGCGUGUUUGACAACUUUACAGCCAUCGCACACUUGUCUGAUGAUACCAAGUCCCGGAGCUACUCAGACCUGUUGACGCAUAACAACUUUGGCGUCAUCAAGACGGAAAUUUACACAAUCGCGACUGAGAUGAUUCCGCUGCCGAGCGCCGACGUGGGACCCGACUUCCUGGGGGCGAUUUACGACAACUGGAGGAACACCACCGAAUCUGUGAUUGAUGCCGCCGGGCUCAUUGGCUCGAUCGCUUUACAGCCAAUCCCCAAGAGGCUUGCUCGCAAAGCAAUGGAGGCUGGUGGAGACAUGAUCGACUUAGAUGAUGAAAUCGACCGCAUCAUCCUGGAGUUCGACUUGUCGUGGUUAUCGCCGCUUGAUAGCGCUAGAAUGGACGUUGCAACCCAGAAGUUUUACACGGGGUCCAAGGACCUAGUUGAGCAGUAUCAGGCAGACGAUAAGCUACCCGAAGGGUACUUGCCGCUGUUUGCAAACGAUGCCUAUUAUCGGCAAGAUUAUUUUGGAAGGCUCAGGACUGCGGAUUUUGCGCGAACCGUUCGCGAUGCAGUUGAUCCCUCCGGGUUCUUUGCGAGCCGCACAGGAGGCUGGAAACCAUGA